GGUGCAGCUAACGAUGAUUUUAUUUCCGUCCUGCCAUUUCAUUCCGGAGCGGAGAAACCCAUAAAAGAGGGGAUGCUAUGCAUUUCCUCUUUUCAUUGAUUCAUUCCCUCCAUGGAUUAUCUGGACGCCCUCUCUAACCAGAAUUUGUGACACACUCCCAGCUAUAACUGAUCCCUAGCCGCCUGCAAUUACUAAUCAAAUCGCAACCGGUAAAUCUCAGAAAAGGGUUUCUUCAGUGGCUGCCUCCCAGUUUUGCUUUAUAAAGGGAGGGAGCAAUACUCCGAGGGGGAGAAUUGAGAAUCUGAAUACAUUGCGCUAUGCCACUAUACGUCCUCAUCAUCUCAUGAUCUCGCUCUUGCGAACAAAGCUACCGGCAAUCCUUCCCAAACCGCCGUCGUCAUUUCCGACAACCAUGAGCGCGUCUGGAUCGAGCCGGCUGCUGGCCCUAGCCCAACAGCUCCGCCUCUACGAGCCGCCAGCUGCAUCGCCCGAUGAAAUUGAGGAGCAGGCCAUGGAGGAAACUGCCGGCAAGGUGAUUACCCAGGUGGGUUUUCAAGAAUCGGCUACCCCGAUUGCGAAUCAAUCCGAUAGAUUCAGACCCAAAAGAGCGGCGGUUCUGGUCUGUAUCUUCGAAGGCGAUUGCGGCGAGUUUCGUGUCAUCUUGACCAAGCGAUCCUCCAGAUUGUCCACUCAUUCUGGUGAAGUUUCAUUGCCUGGAGGGAAAGCUGAGGAGGGUGAUAAGGAUGAUGGAGACACAGCAACAAGGGAAGCUAAAGAGGAAAUUGGGUUGGAUCCUUCGCUGGUUGAUGUUAUUACAGUUAUGGAACCCUUCUUAUCCAAGCAUCUCCUGAGAGUAGUUCCUGUUGUAGGGAUUCUAAGGGAUAAAGAAGCAUUCAGUCCUGAACCAAAUCCAGACGAAGUUGAUGCAGUGUUUGAUGCUCCUUUGGAAAUGUUCAUUAAGGAUGAACAUCGGAGGGUAGAAGAGAGGGAGUGGAUGGGUGAGAAGUAUCUAGUGCAUUUCUUUGAUUAUGAAACAGGGGGAAAUAAGUAUGUGAUAUGGGGAUUAACAGCUGGAGUUCUAAUAAAAGCUGCAUCAGUGGUCUACCAGCGGCCUCCGUCAUUCUUGGAGCAGAAUCCCAAGUUCAAGUUCCCUCGCCAUGCAAACACUGGUACUGUUAUGCCUCAUUGAUAUCGUUCAUGCUGGACAUAUAUCCGUCUGAAUUCUUGUAUUAUGAUGCAUUGACAUCGAAUUUCUUCGAAUAUCUAGCAAAGCUUUGCAUGUAGCAGUAAAUUUGAACUAUGGAUACAUAUAUUAUGUAGGCUAAAUGCUAAUACAAAUAUUAUUAUCACGCACACGAGAAACCAC